CACAAAACUGUAAGGUGUCUUAGGCAAACAUCGAGGAGCCACGGUUCCAUUGUUCACUCCAUGAAACAGCAAACGAUCCAAAACAGAUUGUCAAAAUGGCGAUUUCCAUCUUUUAUGGUUGCCUUUUAUUAUCUGUUAUAGCAGUCUUCACUAAAGACGCCUUUGCAAGUAACUGGAACAUCGCUGACUCAAGUACUGCAAGAAAAAGUAGCACUAUACUGAACGAGAACUCUAGGUCAACCAUACAUCAUAGUCUGGAGGCUGCACGUACAGAUGCUGGAAGUGCAAGAGAAGAUGUGCCAAAGAAUGAAACCUGUCGGGAUGACAAAGCUUACGAGGCAUAUUGCAAAGCCUACAGACAGAAUGACUUCUGCAACUCGUACCCUUACGGAAUGAAUAAGCACUGUGCUCUCACUUGUGGAUUUUGUAAAUGUAAGGCCAAGAUAGACAUUGGAUUCCUGGUGGACAGUUCAGGAAGCAUUGAAAAAUACGGCAAAGGAAACUACAAAAAGUGUUUGGAAUUUAUCAAAAAUGCUGUGAACCGCUCAUUUAUCUCGGAGACCUUUACACAUGUGGGAGUGGUCUUGUUUUCUUCAAAGACCGAAACUGUCUUCACGUUGAAGCAAUUCUUUGAUGCGGAACAAAUGAUGAAGGCGAUUGAAGAAGCGCCUUACCUGAAAGGCGGUACCUUGACGGCGAAAGCAUUGACUUAUGUAAAGCGUAAACUAUUUGACGAAACAGGCCGUCCAGAGGUUCCUAAAGUUCUCAUAGUUAUGACAGAUGGAAAAUCAAGUGACAAUGUAACACUACCCGCCCAACAACUGCACGAUGCAAACAUCACUGUAUUCGCCAUUGGAAUUGGACGAAACUACGACAUGGGGCAACUCAAAGUGAUUGCAACUAAACCAGACAUCAAGUAUGCGCUAACUGCAGACUUCAAUCGGCUAAAUGAGUUGUACACCAGCAUCAGAGAUGAUGCGUGCCGUGUGAAUUCAACCUUUUCCGACCAAGACAAGCCGUUUCACACUCCAGUUCACAAUGUUGGUGACACAUCAUUUUCGCCGCAUGACAGUCACAGCAUAUUUCCUUCCAUAGCUGUUCUGUAGGCCAAGUCGAGAAUAGAACAAUAUUCCCAAAACCAUAUUCACGGAUGAGGAAACUUCCCAAUAAGAGUUCAAAGAGGGGUAUCAACCAUGCCACUAAGCUCGUCAAAUUGAUAUAAAGAUCUGCAUAAAGAUCAUGAACGCUAAAGCGACGAAAAGAAAAUUUGAUUGUCAAGUAGUUUGAUUAGCGCAAGAGAAAGAGAAGACACUUGAAAUAAAAUAAAAACAAGUUAUAA